UAACUUUCUACUAAAUACAAGUUGACGUAUUUUGAUGACGUAGGAAAAAGGUUUUAUCACUGAAUAACUGAAAUGGCAUCUAGAUCGUUUUACUUGGCAGACUAUAUUAUAUUUGCCAUUACCAUCGUGCUCUCAGUCGGAAUUGGCCUCUAUCAUGCAUUUGUCGGUGGGAAACAAAAAACAACAUCCGAGUUUCACCUUGGAAACCGUAGGAUGGCAAUCAUACCGGUUGCAAUUUCAUUGUUAGUGUCGUUUGAAUCAUCAAUCAUGAUGCUUGGAACGCCUGCAGAAACAUACGUAUUUGGGAUUCAGAAUAUUAUGGGAAAUUUUGGAUGGUUUGCUGCUAAUCUGCUCUCAAUUAAAAUAAUGGUACCGUUGAUACACCCCCUGAAGAUAACUAGUGCCUAUGAGUACUUGGAAUUACGAUUUAAUUCCCAUGCUGUGCGAAUACUUGGUACAAUUCUUGGAAUGCUGAAUUAUGCUUUGUAUAUGGGUGUUGUACUGUUUGGACCAGCAAUUGCAUUAGAAGCGGUAAUGGGUUUCCCUCAGUUUGCUUCAAUCAUCAUUGUUGCUAUAGCUGCUGUUAUAUAUACUUCUUUGGGUGGAAUAAAAGCUGUUAUAUGGACUGAUGUCUUCCAAAGUUUCGUAAUGCUUGCUGGUAUUAUGGCAAUUUUGAUUAAGGGUACACUUGUCAGUGGAGGUGUAAAGUCAACUUGGACGAUUGCCAAUGAAAAUGGACGACUUAACUUUUUCGUAUGGGACACAGACAUCACAAGACGACACACGUUUUGGAAUUUAUUUUUUGGCAGUAUGAUUAGAGGAACUGGAUUAAUAUUUAAUCAAUCAUCUGUUCAAAGGAUCUGUUCUACACCAACACUCAAAGAUGCUAGAAAAGUAAUGAUGUUUGUUUCGCCAGCAUUCCUCAUAACAAUUGCCAUGGCGUCCUUCGAGGGGAUUGUUGCUUACUCAUACUACCACACACUAGGUUGUGACCCAAUCAAAUCGAAACAAAUCACAAAUCCGAAUCAGAUAGUACCGUAUAUGGUAAUGGAUAUUUUCAAUGGUCUACCAGGAAUGCCGGGAUUGUUUAUGGCUUCGUUAUUCAGUGCAUCACUAAGUACGUUGUCAUCUGGGCUCAGCAGUUUAUCAGCUCUGUUUUGGCAGGAUUUAGUUAAGCCUCAUACAAAGCCCAUGUCAGAAUUGAAAGGGACAAUUAUUUCUAAAGUUGCAGUCAUAGUGUUUGGAAUUAUUGCUGUAUGCGUAGCCCUUUUGGUGUCUGUUAUUGGUGGAACAUUAACACAGAUAACUGGAACCAUUCUAUCAGCAAUUGGUGGUCCGCUCACUGGUUUAUUUCUGUUGGGAUGUUUCUGUCCUUGGGCAAACGCUAAGGGGGCAUUUAUCGGAACAAUUUCGGGAAUUAUAUUGAUUACGUGGAUAACAACAGGCCAAUACAUAUCACCAAACGUUCGAAAAGCUGUACCAUUACCGUCAGCUCCUAUUGACAAGUGUUAUGUACCCUUUACAAAUAUAACAUCACUGUACAAUGCUUCAACACAGAUGUCGACUUCAGCAUAUGAGUACCACUCCACUGUUUUUACCACAGAAUCUCCGAUAGUUGACAAAAUACCGAGUGGUAUAGAUUAUUUUUAUUCCAUUGCCUAUCCAUGGUUCGGUGUGAUUGGUAUAUUUACUGUGCUGAUUGUUGGCAGCAUUUUUAGUUUUCUGACAGGUUAUACAAAACCAGAAGAGUCUAAUCCAAUGUAUUUAAUAUCGAUCGUAGAUGAACUUUUUUUCUUCUUACCAGAGUCUGUAAAGAAUGUUAUGAAAUUAGGUUAUAAUUAUAAAAAACCAGAGAUGUAUGGCACGAAAGAAACGAUAUAUGAUAAGACUGUUUACGUUGAUAAUGAAUUAGACAAACAACUAAGCAAGAAUGACGAAGAGACAAAUAAUCAAAUGAACAAUGAAAACAGCGCUUUACUGAAUGUUCUAGAGGAAAACGAACAUCAUACCAAAUUACAAAAAAAGAGCGUCAAUAAAGUAGACUGUGAUUCCAAAAACGGAAGAUUGCCACUGUUAUCUGAGGAUUCUACUCAUCAAGGUCAAAUAGUAGUUAAUGAAAGCAAAACAUAAAGGAAUACGAUAAUUGCCACGACUUCUGUCAUGUUUAACACUAAUUCACAAGUGGCGAUAAUAAUUAAGCUUCCGCUUUACAAAUAUGACUAAUUUUAAUAUGGUUUAUUAUUUUUUUAGUAGAGUAUAGAUAAAGAUAUAUCAGAAUAUUUAUUUUAUUAUUGAUGUAAUAAGUUAUAUGCCUAAUUGUUAAAUGAUAUGAGCAAAUCAGUCCUUAUACGGAGGAAUCAGCAUGUGCAAUCAUGAUGACGUCGAUGACUGUUGAUAAUAUAAAUUAUGAAUUAAUAUUGCUUUUCGGCCCGGUCACUUCUGGUUUCAGGUUUUGGUUUUACUUCAUACCUAACGUUGGACGUAUUAUUA